AUGUUCUUCACAGGCUUCUUAACCGUCGCUAUUGCGAUCUUGUCUGGCCAUGCAGUCACUGCCCAGCUCUGCGAGUCUCCAAAUAAGCUAUGCUACGAUUCUCCAGGCAGCACCCCUCAAGACGUCGAUGUUGCAGACAUCCAAUUCGUUGCUUCCUACCUCCGAGCAUACGGCGCUCAAACGCGUGCUGGCCGCCAAUUCACCAUGACUGCUGCUACAGCACCAGACUGUGCUGAAUGGUCUCUCUAUUCUCACGGAUCUGUCCUCGCUACGGCUAGACACAUUAAUAGCACCGCGAACUCAAGUGUUCUAUUUGCAGAUAUCGCAAAUACCAUUGAUGGAGGAGCUAGUGCCACGGACGCUCAAAAGGCUGCUGCUCUUAUUGGGUGUGGAACUGCUGGUGGCAGUCUGGGUACUGUAUAUGACCCCAAGAAUGCACAGUAUAAUACUUCAACGUACCUCGCCAACGAUUACACACCUUCCGGAAUCCUGAUCAAGAUUGUGUGGUCUGGUGCUCAGUAA